AUGAAUUCGGAAGAACCAGUCGAUUUCUGCCCCUACCGGCAGAACCUUGAUUGGAACCAUGUCCAAACCCAAGAUUUCUCCAACAUCCAGUAUUUCCAACCUUCAGAUUCAGAGCUGGAAAAUGACGGCGACGUAUAUGCCAAUGGCGUGACGUAUCCUUCACAACCUGCACAAGCCAGCAGCAGCAGUAAAAAGAGCAAGAAGAAGGCAAAGAAGGACAAGAAGGCAGCACAGUACACCUAUGAAGAGCCAUCGGCUGUCGCCCCUGAGCUUCCCACGCCUGGACCGCCUCAAGACAACGGCAUAGCCGAAGACGAGUGGCCGACACAAUCCUCAAAAAAGGACAAGAAGAAGAAGAAGAAGGGCAAAAAGGAGGAAAUUGCUGCACCUCCGCCACCUCCGCCUCCGCCACCCGUAGAAGCCGAGCCCGAACCGGAACCUGAGCUUGAACCCGAGCUUGACCCUGAGCCCGAGCCCGAGCCUACGCCUGAACCGAUAAAAGAGAAACAGAUCGUUGCAGAGGAGGCACCCGUGUCUCCGACGAAGACGAAGGAAUCUUCUAAAAAGGACAAGGAAAAGGACAAGAAGAAAGAAAAGAAGAAGAAAAAGAAGGGCAAGGGCGGAAAAGACGCCGAACCAGAGCCGGUCGAGAGCUCAAGAUCGAUCCCCCCUCCGCCGCCGCCACCCCCGGUAGAGGACGCCAAACCGCCAAAGAUGGAGGAUGCUCCAGCUCCGCCUCCGGAGACCAUCAUUGAGGCGAAGGAGGAGCCGCCGGCCGUCGAAGCUGAACUUGAGCCGGCUGCUAACCGAAGCCUGGAUGACGCCAAAGUCGAUGACACGGUAGCGACGGAAAUAUCGCCAGACGCUGCUGAGGCCAUUGCAGAGGCAACGGAGUCGGCUGUUGUAGAUCCAGCUCCCGCCGAAGCUCCUGUUGAAGCUUCUAUUGAAGCUGCAACAGAAGACAGCCAAGACAACGCAGCCGAUGCACCAGCAGAAGUGGCCCCCGAGGCAAUAGAGGCUACACCUGAAGCUUCCACUGAGGAGGUUGCAACUGAAGAGCCCACAACAGUUCAAGCAGAGCCUAUUGCAGCGGAACCUCAGACCGAGGACACACCACCUGCCGAAGCUGUUCCCGAGGCUUCUGAGGCACAGGCUGAAGCCGAAGCUGACAAGGAAGCGGACAGCAAGCCUGGAGACGCAACUCCUGCCGAUGCACCUGCUGAUGCAGUCCCCGAAACAACCGCAGAGACACCGGCAGAGGAAAAGUCCGAAGAGUCCGCACCUACACUAGAGGAUGCUGCACCUGUUACCGAUGAAGUCAGGCCCGAGGAGUCCACAGUCUCAGAGUCGACCCCUAACGCGCCCGCCGAUGCAGAGCCUGAGACUGUUGCACCAGCAGAGGAGCCCGCCAGUGAACCUUCAGCUGAGCCUGUAUCGGAAGAGACUGCACCUGUUGCGGAUGCUGCGGCUGAUGCCACAGUCGAAGCUGAGUCGGGAGACGCUGCUCCCGUCGAGGAGAAAGCAGCUGAUGAGGCUCCUGUCGAGUUAAAACCUGACGAUUCUGCGCCAGCUCCGGAAGAGACUGCAGCUACUGAAGAGCCAGCUACUGAGACUUCAGCUGAAGAUAAGCCGAAGGACGCUGCUCCUGCGGAUGAGCCCGUCACCGAGACUUCCGAAGAGCCAGAACCAGAGGAUGCUGCCCCUGCGGAGCCUGCGGCCGAAGCUUCCGUUGACGCCGAGCCUGCUGCAGAUGUCGCAGAGGAGGCUCAGCCGGAUGACGCUGCCGCUGCUGAUGGGCCUGCUACCGAUGCUCCUGCAGAUGCUCCGAUUGAUGCCCCUGUUGACACCACAGCUGAAGAAUCCGCGCCUGCGGAAGAACCUGCUGCUGCCGAUGUCAAGCCUGAGGACCCCGCCCCCGAGGAGGCACAUGUAGAGGCUUCGCCUGAGGAGUCCCCUGCUCCUGCUGCCCCUGCGGCCGAAGAAACUUCCGAGGCCAAGACUGAGGAUGCUCCUUCUUCCGAAGAACCGGCUGCCGAACCCGUUGCCGGCGAAGCAUCUGAUGAAUCAGCUCCAGCUGAGCCCUCAGCCGAGCCUUCGGUUGAGGCAGUGGAAGAAACGACCUCCGAGGAGCCAAUGCCGGAAGAAGCAUCGACGGAGGCAACUACUUCGACGGAGGCCAGUGCUGAGACGGAGGAAUCUUCAGUUCCUUCUGAGGUCGCUAAAGAGGCUGAAACAGCCGAGCCUGGACCGGCCGAGAUUGAUGCCGCUGAUGCUCCGGCUGAAGUGGCCGCCGAAACUCAGGCAGCUGAAGAAGCAGUGUCAUCAGAAGAGGUCCCGGUUGAAGCUGCGGCUGAGACGCCAGUUGUGGAGGAUGCAGCCGAAGCCGCAGUCGUCGGGGCAGAUGCUCCCGCGGAUGAUGCUGUGAAGCCCGAAGAAGCUGAACCAGUUCCCGCUGCCUCAGAGGAGGCACCAGUACCUGAUGCUCCAGCUGAAGCAGCUGAAAGCGAAGAAUCUUCCCCGGCUGAGACGGCCGACGUCAAGGAAGACGCAGCACCUGCUGUAGCCGAACCUGCGGCUAUCCCAGAAGAUGCAACAACCACUGAUUCAGAUGCUGAAGGGCCCAAGUCUGACGACACCACCGUGGAGGCAGAACCAGCAGCACCACAAGAAGAGACUGCCUCGACUAGCGAAGAUGCGCCAGUUUCUGUUGGUGCUGAUGAAAAGCCCGUUGAGCCAGCCACUGCGACCGAGCCGGCCGAAGAGCAGCCUGCCGCUGCAGACAAGGAAGCCGACUCGGCAAUUCAGCCGGCAGAGACCGAGGCCGAGCCUCCGGUCGCUGAGGCGGUCGAGGCACCAGUCGAAGCAGACGCUGAUCCUGCGGGCGCUCCUGAGCCUGUCGUCGAGACAGCAAAGGCUGACGAUGCCGAGCCUCCUAAGGAGUCUGAACCCGAAGGUGACGCCGAAGCCUCCAAGGAGGUUGAAGCUGAGCCUUCGACGGAGGUUGCAGAGAGCGCUCAACCUGAACCCCCCAAUAAAUCAGAGCCCGAGGCCGCGGAUGAUGCCCCGCCCGAUGCUCCGGAGACGGUCGAGACAGCCGCCGAAGAGACAAAAGAGCCUGAGUCAGAACCUGUGCAGGAGGAGGAAUCUCCUGCUCCCAAGGAAGAGGACGUCCCUCCUGCAGAACCUGAGGCGGAGGCUCCCGAGGACGAAGAAGAUGGCGUUGCAAGCGUUGAACCAGAGGCUUCUGAGCCAGUCGAGGCUGAAGGUGAUGCCCUUAAAGAGGCAGCAGUGGAAGCUGCGGCAGAUGAUGCUGCCGUAGAUGAGCCUGCCGCGGUUCCUGAGGUUGAAGCUACGGAGAAGCCUGCUGCGGAAGCUGCGGCAGAGGUUGAGGCUCCUAUUGACGCGGCCCCUGAAGACGCUUCUGAGAGCACUGCUGAGGUCGUUCCCGAGACUUCUCCUAAGGAUGCUCCCGAAGUCACUCCCGAGGUUGCUCCGGAGGCUGCUCCGGAGGCCGAAACCGAGGCAGCGACAGCUGCAGUUGAAGCUGAUGCUACCAAGGCCGCCGAAAUUGAGGCUGUUGUUGAGCCUAACACUGCUCCUGAGACUACACCAGUGGAAGCUGAGCCAGCUGCAGCCGAGUCAGAGGCACCGAAAGAGGACGAAGCUGCUGCCACGCCAGAGGAUACCCCAGCGGACGCUCCAGAAGCCCCUAAGGAAGCCGAUAUCGAAACCGCAGACGCUGCUGCCGCUGAUGCAUCUAGGGAUGCCGCCGCCACGGAUGACGCAGCUGUCUCAACUGAAGGUAUGGACGGAUACGAAAUCAUCAGCGACGGCAAAGAAUUUAGUUUCACCGUGGAAAUUCUCUCCCCAGGGACCAAGGAUACUAAAGAAGAAACAGAACCUGCCGCUGAAGCCGAAGCCACGCCCGAAGAUGCCAAAGCUGAAGAGGCAAUUUCCGAUCCCGCCCCGGAGGAGCCGAUUACCGCCGUUGCCGAAGUGGACGCCGAGCUAAAAGCUCCUGAGGAGACCCCAGCCGAACCGCCCGCCGAUGCUGCUGAGCCCGAAACCAAUCCUGAGGAGCCCAAAGCCGAAGCUGCCGAGACGGAAACCGCACCUGAGCCCGAGACCACCGCGGAGACUGCAGUUGUGGAGCUAGAGGCACCUGCCGCUGCUGAGGAUCCCAAGCCGGAGCCGGCGGCUAAGGCAGAACCGGAGUCGACUCCCGAGACUAACGACGAAGUCCCAUGUGCGGACCCGGCCCCAGAUGCCAAGGAGCUCGAACCGGAGACGACUCCAGAUGCACAAGAACCAGAGCCGUCAACUGUGGAAGCUCCAGAGCCCGAGGCCGAGGCCGCCACCGAGACCUCUGCUCCUGCCCCUGAAGAACCAAUUCCGGAGACGGCUGCAGAGACGGCCGAAGAUGCUGGUGAGGCGCCUCCUGAUGCUGAUGCUGCUGCUGCUGCUGCUGCUGCUGCUACUCCCGAACCUGAGGUUCAACCUGAAGACUCCGCCGCGGCUGAGGUCGCGGAGCCUGCGCCCGAAGCAGCUGCUCCCGCGGAUGACAACGAACCAGCCGCCAAGGUCGAGGGUGAUGCUGAGAUUAAGGAUCCUGAGCCUGAAGCGCCAGCAGCAGAGCCUGAAGGGGAGACGGCACCAGCUGAGGCAGCGUCUGAGGCCGAGGAGACCAAGGAGCCCGAAGCAGAAGCUGUCCCUGAAGCUUCUUCUGAGGCGAAGGAGGUCGAUCCUGCUGCUGAGCCUAUCCCCGAAGCUGAACCCGCUGCUGAAGCUGAACCCGCUGCUGAAGCUGAACCCGCUGCCGAAGCUGAACCCGCUGCUGAAGCUGAACCCGCUGCUGAAGCAGAUCCUGCCGCCAAAUCUAAAGACGAGCCCGAGGCCGACGUGCCCGCUGUUGCUGAGCUAGAGGAGGCAGCGCCUGUUCCGGAGACUGUGGCCGAUGAAGUCAAAGAGCCUGCCGCUGAGCCUGCUACCGAGCCUGCGGCGGAAUCCGCUGCGGAAGCUGAGCCAUCUUCUGAUGUAAAAGAGGCAGAAUCCGAGACUGAUGCUGUGACUGAAGCAGACGUCAAGGAACCUGAGGGUGAGGCUGCGGCUGAGCCUGAUGCCGCUCCUGCGACUGAGGCUGUUUCUGAGGUUGAGGUCGCUGCUGAGCCCGCCGCUGCUCCUGAAGCGGAAGCGGCUAUCGAAACUCAAGAGCCCGCACCUGAACUCCCUGCUGAGGCAGUGGCUGAGGAACUCGAGUCUGCCCCUGCUCCCCCUGCCGAAGAAGCUGAAGCAACUGAAGCUGAGGUCGAAGUGGCAGAAGCCAAAGAAGCAGAGCCCGCGGCUGAGGCGGAAUCUACUACAGAGGCGGAGCCUGCUGCAGACGCCGUUGAUCCUGCUCCUGCUCCUGAGUCAAAUGACCUUGAACCUGAAUCGGAACCUACUUCGGCCGAUGCUGCUCCGGCUGAAGAAACUGCUGAUAUUACCGACGCGGUUCCAGAGCCGGAGGCGCCAGCAGCGACCGAAGAGGCCAAAGAACCCGAAACCGCUGCUGUAGAAGUUGCCGCAGCAGAAGUCAACGACCCUGAGCCCCAGACCGAGGUUGUCGAGGAGGCGAAGGAUGCUGCCGCUGAGCCGCCUGCCGUCCCAAUUGAGGCCGCUCCUGAAACCGAAGAGGCUCAACCCAAUCCGCCCGCUGCGGUGGAGGAACCUGCCGAGGCGGAGCCCGAACCGGUGUCUGAGCCAGCUGCGGAAGAGACAAAGGAGCCUGAACUCGCCGGAGCUCUCGCGGAGGCGAAUCACGCUGCCGCAGUUGAGGAAACGCCAGCACCGGAAGCUGAGCCUGCUCAGGAGACUGUGGUCCCCGAUGGAGAUGCCGCGGCUGAAACGGUUGAAGAGCCUACGCCUGCUGAGGAACCUGCAUCGACAGAAGAUUCUGCACCUGCGCCUGCGUCAGUCGAGCCAGAGGCACCAGUUGAGCCAGAGGCACCAGUUGAGCCAGAGGCACCAGCUGAGCCAGAGGCACCAGUUGAGCCAGAAGCGCCCACUGAACCAGAAGCGUCCGCUGAACCAGAAGCGUCCGCUGAGCCAGAGAAGCUUGAUGAAGCAGCAGCUGUUGAAGCUUCUGCCCCGGCAGAAGAGUCUGCACCAGCGGAAGAACCCGUAUCAACUGAGGAACCAGCGGUGGCUGAGGAGCCUGCUCCCGCUGAAGAACCUGCACCUGUUGAUACAGAAGCGCCCGCGGAGCCGGAAGCUGCUGCAGAAGCUGCUGUUGAAGAAUCUGCGCCAGUUGAGGAGCCUGUUCCCGCUGAACCAGAGGCUCCGGCUGAGCCAGAAGCACCAGCUGAGCCAGAGGAGCCUGCUGAAGCAGCUGUUGAGUCUGCUGCAGUUGAAGAUGCGGCUGCUGCUGAACCGGACCCACCAGUCGAAGAACCUGUCCCUGUCGAGCCAGAGCCAUCUGUCGAGGCAGAUGUCGAGGCACCCGCAACGGCUGAAACAGAAGAUCACACUGCAGAAAUCGCAGCGGCUGCAGUGGCGGCGGCAGCAGUAGCCACGGGAGCGGCGGUGGCGGUGGCAGCAGAUGGUGAACAGACGCGGUCUUUGGAUGCUGAGGAAAGCAAGGAUAGGGUGGGACCAAUUGCCUCUGAUGCGAGAGAGGCAGAGAAAUCAGGUGAGAAUUCCCCUCCUUCUCCUAAUCCCGAUUCCCCCGAUGGAGAGGCACGGGAAGGACGGGAUGGCCAAGAUCCCGAGGACGUCGACCCGGAACCCGUCGCGGAGCCUGCCGAGGACAACGCCCCGGAGCCGGAAUCCAUGGAACCUGUCGACGAGAACGAGAAAGUGAUGCCUGCCGAAGCUGCCGAAGGAGACGCCCCGGAAGAGCCAACUGCCGAGGUUCAGGAGAGCCAAGAUGCGGUCGGCGAAGAGCCUGCUGUUGAGGAAGCUGCCCUACCACCCUCGGACGAGCUACCAUCUGCCACUGAUGAAGCGUCACCACCAUCUGUCGAGGAGCCUUCUGUCGAAGAGACUGAAUCACCAGAUCAAGACAAUGCUGAAGUCGCCGCAGACGAAACGUCCACUGAGCAGCCUUUGGAGGAACCAGCCCUCGAAGACACCACUGUCGAGGCUGAACCCACUGAACCAGCAUCGGACGAAUCAGCUCCCGCAGAAGAGACAGCUCCAGCCGAACCUGCUUCCGAAGAGACCAUCUUAACUGAGUCUCCGCCAGAGGAUGCAGUCGCUGAGGAACCUACUCCAGAAGAAGCUUCACCCGAAGAGCCUGUAUCUACAGUAGAAGAAUCGGCCGUGGAGGGGCCGCCUCUUGAGGAGGCUCCUGCAUCUGAGACUGCUCCCGAGACAAUAGCAGAGAAGCCCGAGCAAGUCGAAGAUGCAUCCACAGAGAUCGCCGCCGCUUCCGAAGUGGUUCCAGCAGAUGCAGUGCCCGAAGAGCCAGCGGCUGAGGAAGCUCCACCAGAAGAGCCAGACCAAGCACCAGGGACUCCAGCUGAAUCUGCACCCGCAGAGACCAUCUUAGAGGAGUCCGUCGCUGAGCCCGCCGAUGAGCCCGCUGCUGAGCCUGCACCAGAAGUCGUCUCCGAAGAGCCCACCAUGGAGGAUGCCUCUCCUGAAGAGUCGACACCUGAGCCUGCACCAGCAGAGCCUGCCCCCGAGGAGGCGACUCUGGGUGAAGCUACUCCAGAAGCCGCGCCAGAAGACUCCCCAGCAGCCGAAAUACCUCCUGAGGACGCCGUUUCUGAGGAGCCUUCUCCAGAGGGGCCUGCCUCUGAAGCGACUUCUCCCGAAGAAGCCGUUCCUGAGGAAGCCGUCCCCGAAGAGGUCGCCUCCGCAGAGCCUGCCCCCGAAGUAGCUGCUCCUGAUGAAGUCAUUACCGAGCCCGAAGAAAUCACUUCCGAGUCUACUCCUGAGGAGCUUACCCCUGAAGAGCCCACUCCCGAAGCUGCGCCUGAGGAGGUUGUCUCUGAAGAAGUCGCCCCUGAAGAAGCUGUUCCCGAAGAGCCUGCUCCCGAGGUUGCUGCUCUUGAUGAAACCGUCUCUGAAGAACCUGUCUCCGAGGAGCCUUCUCCUGAGGCGGCGGAUGCCGCGCCUAUAGAGGUUGAGGACGCACCCGAAGAUACACCGGCAGCCUCCGAAGAACCCGCCUCAGAAGCUCCCGUCAACCCCGAUGACACUCCUGAAGACGCUCCUGCAGGAGAACCCGCAGAGCCCGACGCAACUGAGGAGGCAUCAACUCUAGAGGCGAACGCCAAUGGGCCCGAAGAAACAGUACAGACACCGGAUGACAAGGCGGAGCCUGCUGAUAGCGACGAGACAAUUGAUAAGGACGCACUCAUUGCUGGAGCCGCCGUCGCUGGUGUUGCUGCUGCAGCUGGCUCGUUUGCUGCCAAUGCUAUCAAAGACUCAGACGACGAAGCUACGGCUAGAGAAGCUCCAGGUCCCGCUGCAGCAGACGCAAUGUCACGUCGCAGCUCAUCGGACAAAUUGACGCAGACUUUGGAUAAUAUAUCGGCCCUGGACACAAUCACCAUGGCGGACCAAAAGGACUCGGACGUGGACGCCAACUUCAGCCCCGUGCAUCGAGACGGAUUCUCGGACUGCGGAACGCAAACCGAUGGCUCAGUAUGGGGCCUCCGGCCCUCGACUCCCGCCGUGGUUCUCCCUGAGCUUUCCAUGUCACCGGCCGCCAAGGAUAGGGCGAAGGCUCUCAGACGGCAGCGCAAGGUUUCCAUCAAGCAAGCGGAGGAACUCAUCGCGGCUGCUGUGGUCAUCUACGCCACAGCCGAAACUCUUCGUCCACCCAUGAGCCCAUCAUCUCAGAGCAGCUCGCAACUCAUCAAGGCAAUGCCCAGCUGGGAGAAAAUGGACAUCAAACCGAAAAAGGCCUUUUUUUGGAGGGUUCUACCAGGCCUUCUUUCCAGACGCAGGAGUACUACCACUACGGGAGCGGAUAAAACUAGCAGGCUUGAUACUAACUACUUUACAGAGAAGAAGGAAGCAGAGCGCGAGAGGCACCGACGACGACGCCAUUCCUCAACCCAUCAUCCUUCAUCAUUCUCAAGCCGUAGCCGAGGCGAAGACGACAGCAGAGACCACGAGAGUAGCAGACGCCACUCGCACACAUCACAUCACUCAAGUCGACGAAACCGAACUGACAGCGAGCGAUCUCUCCGAUCCGGCGAAUCCGUGCCUCGAACUCCGCCAGGCCCUAUCAAGAGACAAGACAGCGGUUUCGAAGAGAGCCCCCAUCCACAUUCCCAGUCCCGUCAUCGCAGCGAACGUAGCGAGCGGAGUGGGCGAAGCGAACGGAGCGAGAAGACCGAGAAAAGUGAGAGAAGCCACCACCACCACCACCGCAGUGAGCGUACGCCUGAGGAGCAGGCUGCCCAUGAUCGGCGCAAAGAGGAGCGGCGACUCCGGGAGAAAGAGCGCGAACGCGAUGCCGAUCGUGACAGACCGAAAGACAGGCACCGCGAAAAGGAGCGCGAGCGCGAACUCCAACGUGAGGUCAACCGCGAGAACGAGGAAAGAGAGCGUUCGCGUCGCAAGGGCAAGGAGCCCGAGACUAUCGCCAAAUCUGAGGAUACGCCCGAGCGCAGUCAUCACCGCUCUCGUCGCCACAGCACGUCAGAGCAUCAGCGCCCGCACCGCACACUCAGCAAGAGAGAAUCCAUGGAGCCUGCGCCAGAGAAGCCCCGGCGAUUCUUCAGCGUCAGAGGCGAAGGUACGACCGGAUCCAAGUUCCCUCCCCAGGACCCCCCGGCGCCAGCCACGCCAAAGGACGACAUGCCAAUGGAUGACAAUGCAGGACGACAAGAGUCUACUCCCACACGCGACACUCCCAAGCGAUCGAGCACAACGCGGGACAAGCACAGGCACAGAGACAGAUCCGAAGGCGGAGGCGGUGCCAAACUGCAAAAGGUUCGCGACGAGGUCGCCGAAGAAGCUCGCAGAGACGCUCGCAGGGCUGCGGAGAAGGCCGAACGGGCUGCCGCAAAAGCAGCUGAAAGGGCCGAAAGGCAUGAGAGAACCGAGAGGGGCGAGAGGGUUGAUAGACUCGAGAGACCCGAGAGAUCCGAGAGACCUGAGAGGGCUGAGAGAGCUGAGACAGCCGACAAGCCGAGAUCAAAGCACUCGGACGACUCUCGGCGCCGCGCUCGUGUGGAAGACAGGAGGAGGGAGGACGACAAGGCUAAAGAGAAGGAGAAGUCAAAAGGGAUCAAGGGCGUGUUCAAGCGUCUCUUCAACUAA